UUGUUUUUACUUGCAAUACAACAUUCAUUUCAGUUCCAUUUAGGGGAAGUUAGAAAUUCAAUAUUAGAUUUUGACUCGUAGAUUGCAUGCAUUUUUUGUUUUAGCUUAUGCACGAGUUUGCAAAUUGCAAAAUUUCAGAGCUACGCAUGUUAUAUGGUUUGCUAGGGCUAUACUGGUGUGCAACAGUGCUGGAGAGUUAGAAUAAGGCUUUAGGGAUUGAUUUCAAGCUUUCCCAGAAUCCCAUUCGACCAUAAGUUCAGUGGCUAGCACAGCAGUGUGACCACAACUUCAAAUAUUAUCUGAUUGUAUUUGUGUGAUUGUCAUACCUAUAUGUUUGCCUCCCUUAUGCCCAGGGUUUGUGAGUGUUCCCUACUUGGAUUCUUGAUGAAAGGUUAAAUUUGAAGCUAAAUCCCCUGGAUCCAAGAUGGAUGAUGGACACCAGCGUGAAAAUGGAAGACAAAAGGUGGACUACUACAGAGGAGCUCAUUCCCUGUGGAGCAUGGCUCCCCAGCCUCAGGUAAAGGAACCAAAUGCCCUGGUUAUGAAUAAGAAAAUUAUGUCUGUUAUUGCCGAGAGAGAAGCAGCAAUUCGAGAAUGUAAUGCAGCUUUAUCUGAAAAGAAUGAAGCCUUGGCUGCUCGAGAUGAAGCCCUUCGGCAGAGGGACGAAGCGCUUCUGCAGAGGGAUAAUGCCUUGAUGGAACGGGAUAAUGCUCUUGCUGCCCUUCAAAUCCAGCAUAAUGCUACCAACUUCUCAUUGGGUUGUGGCUCUCAACGUGGAUCAAAGCGGAUGCACCAUUCCUCAAAUCAUUUCAGUCAAAUGGCAGAAGGUACUUAUAGAACAAAGGAUUUGACCACAACUAAUGCCCUUCCGGUAACUAUAGUCUCUUCUGAAGCAGGCAAGUAUAAUCAGGCCAAGAGAACAAGGGAGAACAAGGCAGAUUCUUCUAAGGCGUCAAAACCACCAGGCAAAGGGAAAAAAGUGAGUGAGGACUUGAAUAGGCGGGCUUCUUCCGAAGUGACAAAGAUCAAGUCUGAGUGGGAUAAACAGGAUGUUGGAUUGAAUUUGAUUCAAUUUGAUGAAAAUACCAUGCCAGCCCCUGUUUGCACAUGUACUGGAGUACCACGGCAAUGCUACAAAUGGGGGAAUGGUGGGUGGCAGUCAUCUUGUUGUACCACCACCUUGUCCAUGUAUCCGCUACCGCAGCUUCCAAACAAGCGACAUGCACGAGUUGGAGGGCGAAAGAUGAGUGGAAGUGUAUUUACAAGACUUCUUAGCAGGGUGGCCGCUCAAGGCCGUGAUUUAUCUAUACCAUUGGAUCUCAAGGACUACUGGGCCAGACACGGAACAAAUCGCUACAUCACCAUCAAGUAACCUUUAAAACCUCCUUCCACUUGGAGUUACGUUCCACUUCUUUCUCCUCUUCCUGGCCUUUAACUGAAAUUGUGUCUUGACACGAACGAUAUGCUUGAAUGUUUGAAAAGCAAGGGAAUUUUUCAGUACAAGGCUGGUUCUCUUGCUUAAUUUUAAAUUACUAGUAUAGCUUGACCCAACUUAUAUUCCUAAAUGUGGAUAUCUGUAAGUACCAUCUCUGUAAAUGCAGUAGCCUAGAUGGCCAAAGUGUGAGCUGUUUUGCAUUCUUACUGUCCGUUAUAAAUCUUCCCUUUCUCAGCGGCUGUGCCUUUAAUCUUACAGAUUAUUGGCAAAGAUAGCCAGUUGAA